GAUUGUAUCCAUCGAUCCAUCCUUCAUUAGCCGUAUCAGCAUCCCUAAUUUUCCCACAACAAGAACGGAGGCAAUGCCGCUCAAUGCGAGUGUGUAGUGUACCAUUUCAUUCCCUUCUAAUCCACGAGCCCCCCAAAUCGCAGCCUAACUUCAAACACAAACACAAACACUCGAACUCGCAAAUUCUCCAGAAGAUCGAGCUACAAACAACGGCUUUACUGGGCUCGGAGUAAGAGAGAGAAAAUGGGAGGAUUGGGAGCUUUCUGGGGUACAAGAAUGAUGGAGAUUGUGAAAAAACACGAUUCUGGUGGUCUUCUUUGGAAGAGAAUCAAGCUCACUUCUACUCGUAAGGCUAACGCUAAGAAACGUCUUCGUCGUGUUUGGCAGAAUGAAGCAGUGCUUAAGGCUUGUUCGGAUCAACCUCCUGCAAAAUUAAAUGGUCUAGACAAUGGCAUAGCAAGCAGUGGGGAGACCAGGCAAGAUUCUUGAACAAAUUUGAGGAAUAGAGGAUGAUCUUAAGGGUGCACAAUAGUUAUUGUUUUUGUAUCUUUAUGAAUAUCUUUCCUGCUUGAAUAUUCUUGAAUAUUUACUGUGAAAUUAGACCCCUAGUUCUUGGAUAAUAUGAUUGCUUGACCAGAAUAAUCUUAUUAUUAGGUAGCCCUGUCAAAAUCAUAGUAUAUUCAAACUUUACCUGGAAGGUUAAGCCUUUUGCGUCAAAGCUCUCAAUUUUCACUUUGACUAGUAAUGUUUCAGUUCUAACUUCAGUAGGCUGGUCAAAACAGUAACAUCUUGGCGUUCAUCCAGAUGUCUUUUUUGUUUUGCAUCACUAGAUGAAAUAUAAAUGGUAUCAUUUGUGAAUUCUUA